ACCCUAAAACCCCUCCCUCUCCCACAUAUAUAUACACAUAUCCCCCAAUCUCAAACCCUAAAAUAACACCCUCAUUUUCACCCAUCAAACCCUAACAAUGGCGAAAAAGAAAUCAAACCCACACUCCGACACCACCAAACCCCCUAAACCUCAGGAUCGUGCCCCCAUUGACGACAUUCAUUCAGAAAAACUCGACAGUUUGAAGUCACUCAACGCUAUGCUGCUCAAAGAGACCGUAGAACGCCGCAAUCAGGUCGAUAGUUUAACUCAGGCUAACUCAGCUCUUGAAUCCGAGUUGACUCGGUGUAAUUCCGAGUUGAGUGGUUGGACUGAACAAGCGGUUAUGUUGGAGAUUGAGAAAGGUGUGGCGAAUAGGUUUGUUGAAGUGCAGGUUGUUGAAAUGGUGGAGAAAGUUGAAGGGUUUGUGAGGGAUUUGAAUCGGGUUAAUUUGGCAAAAAGUGAGAUUGAGAGAGUGAAGAAUGUUAAGGAGGUGGAGAUUAAGGGGUUGAAGAAUAAGUUGAGUGCACUUGAAGGGGAGAUUGGCGAGGAGAGGUUUAUUUUGUCUCGGGUUUGCGAGGAGCGGGAUGCGGUUAGGGCGCAGGUUGAGGAGCGGGUUCGGGUUGAGAACGCGCUGAGGGUGAAAGUGGAUGAGGCGGAGAAGAGGGAGAGGGAUGCGUUGGAGAAGUUAGAGAAGUUUAAGGGUGAUUAUGAUGGGUUGGUAGAGGCCAAGGCGUCGGUUGAGACGAAGAUGGAGUCGGUUGUUAGAGAAAAGGCUUUGGUUGAGAAAAGGUUGGUGGUGUUGAAUGGGUUAGUUGAUCGUUUGAAGAUGGAUGUGAAUAAGAUAAGUGAACAGAAGAAGUUGGUUGAAGACGAGAGAGAUGUUCAAGAGAAGAAGAAAAACGAGCUGCAAAGUUCGGUUGAUGGGUUGAAUGAAUUGGUGCGUAAGCUUGAACAAGGGAAAGCGCAAUUGGUUAAUGAAGUUGUUGAGUUGGAGAAGAAAUGUGUGGGGAGUUUGGAUAAGGAGGUGAAGAUGCGUGCUGAAUUUGACGUCUUGGCGAAGGAGAAACAAGAAAUGGAAGUGGAAAUUGAAAGCCUGACGAAAGAAAAGAGUUUGGUGGCAAAAGAUUUGGAUGAUGCUUUGAACAGUUUGAGGAAACAGAACCUGAAGGUAGAUCAACUGGACAAGGAGAAGACAAAGAUCAUUGAUGCAAAGAAUCAAGCGGAAACGGAUGUCAUCAAGUUGAAAGAACAGCUGGAGGAACUCAAGAACACGGUUAAAACACUUGAAAAGGUGAGCAUUGCUCAAACUGAUAAAAUCAACGAAUUGGAGGCUGAAAAGAGCCGCUACAUAGCAGCGUCUGAUCAAGCCACAAAAGAAAGAAACAAUGUGCGAGCGAGUCUUGAUGGUGAAAAAGAAAAGGUGAAGAAUUUGACCGAAAAGAUAUCGAAGAUAGAGAAGGAUAUGGAGGAUAUGCAGAAGAAGUUAUCUAAGAUGCAAAAAGAGACCGAAAAACUAGUUGCAGAAAAGAAAGACUUGGAAAAGUCACGCGCAGUGCUAGAAAAAGAUAUUCUUGCGAUCAAGAAGUCACUUGCGAAAACUCAAAAGGAUUAUGAGGAUACAGAAAGUAAACUAAAAGUCUCUGAAGCUAAUUCACGCAAAAUCUUGAAAAUUUUGAAGAAUACUUCAUCGAUUUGCAACUCAAAGGAAGAUAAGAACAAGGGUAUUGAUAAAGAAACCGCCUUUGGUGAAGAAAUUAAGCAUCAUGUAACAGAAGUUGAAGCAAUCAAGAAAGCAUUUAAGGAAAAAGAGAGUGUUGCGGAUGAAAUGAAGAAGCAGCUUGAAUUGCUGAAAGUACGUGUGGCGAAAGCUGAUAAGGGGAAGAGCUUUUGGACGAUGGUGUCGUCUGCAACCACCUUGUUGGCUGCUGUUUCUUUGGCAUAUGUUGCUCGUGGAGGUUAUUAGUUUGGGGUGGAUUUUGCUAAUCCUAACAGGUUAACAUCCUAAAAAUAUGUUGUUUGUUAAUGGGUUAAUUACAAUGUUUAAUGUUAACUCGACUUUGUUUGCUUAAAGCUGUUUCCUUGAGUAUGAUGACAAUAAUAAUGGAGGAUGGAGUUUUGUUAUUGUUUUCA